CGCGUGAACAACUUUUUGUGAACAUUUAUGUUUAUUUUCACUUUUAUUAAAAGUUAUGCUAUUCCUUUUACAAGCAUUUAAAAAAAAUAUUUCCCAAAUGCAUUCUAAUCAGUCGAGUGCAUUGGGCCACGCCCAUUUUCCUAUUUUCAGCUUAGUUCUUUUUUUCUUCCAGCGCUCUUUUGGGUCUGCUUCGUGCUGCCAAAAUUGAUGAAAUUUCAAGCGAACACUCACGAAAAGUAGCAUUUAUAGAGAAAAUUUCCUGGCAUCACUGGCUCACUCCACAAGCGCUGCUGGUGGUGUUGGUGGCUGUUGAGGCGACUGGAAUUGCGGUCCCUGCCUGGACCGUACGCCACUGGACUCGCGAUGACAGCUGUGUGUCUGUCACUCUGCGACUGUCAACACAGUGCGUAAGAGGAAGUGGUAGUUGUCUUUGUUGUGAAUAAAUGUUAUUCUUGUUUUGUUAGUCAGAAGAACAACUCGUGUUUUAUUCUGUGGACGAAAGGUCCUUUUAAUUUGUUUAAUUACACCCCCACGACUCGCAACUCGACCACCCUGCGAGUGUCGUCCGGGGGUUGUAAAAGUGGCGACGAGUCCGGUCCUUUCGGACGGAUUUCGACCGGUUCGAAAGUGACCCACGCGGAGGAGGAAAGGCAGCAGAAUGGAAGGAGUUCCGGAUCAAACCAUCCUUGAUGCCGGCCAGAACCAGCAGACGGCGGACGUGCAGCAGGCACCGUUGGCAGCCGGUCAGCAACUUUAUCCGCCGUUCCUCCAGAGUUCUCCACCACACGCAGCGCCGUACGUGGAGUGGUUCCAACAUCAACGAGGUUAUGUUGCACAACUAUUCCGACAGCAGCAGGAGGCACUUCAACGCCAGCUGACGGAGAUGCAGCAGCAGCAGCUGGCAUUCAUUCAGCAUCAGCAGCAGUUCAUCAGCAGCAUCGUGACGUCGAUGAAGGUGCAGGCCCAACCGUGCCUGGACUCGCUUGGCAGCGGCAACGCGGAGGAGUUCGAAACCGAUCCGGAUGGCGACGGUGUGUCCACGGCCUGGCACAAUCAACACGAGGAACUGCUGCAGGAGAAGAAGGUGCACUCGCUGGACAAGUUGGCGGAAGUUCUACUGUGCGGGAACGAUGGUGGAGAUGAAGAAGUUUUCGAGCAGCAGGUGCUGGUUGAAUCGUGUGCUCGAGGUUACCGUGAUGACGUCACCGAGUACGUGUUUGAGGUGAGCAAUUCUACGACGGUAACACCCUUGCACUCACCGCCAGAUCCGUGGCCCAAGCCGACGGGAUCAUGGAUGGGUGAGAGUGUCGAAUUCGCCGGACUGACCGAAGACCCACUGUGGUUCGUUGCGAAUGUCAACACCAGUCAACAACUUCACUCAGCUGUGAUCGAUCAAGUGAGUAAAAGUACUGCCACGGCGUUCCGCAGCGCGCGACAACCUCGAAUUGCUGUCGGUGCUCCACCACCUGGGGAAAAGUAUGGAGAACGAAUCCUUUCGAAGCUGGAGUUCGAGACACCACCACAAAUAGCAACAACGCUGCCAGUGCGGCAAAUUGGUUGUUACGGAUUAGAGAAACGGUUAAAGGUCAUCGAUUACCGGAUGGCCUCGCGCAAGUACCCGAAGUUAUCUGCGGUGUCGGAGUCAACAGCGUCGUCGCGGUUCGGCACACUGAAGCAGCCAACGUGGAGUCUGGGUCGGCCCCCGGAGAAGCCAAGGAUCGGUGGUACGGUGCUAUCAACGUUUGUCUCGCUUACAACUUCAACAACAGCAACACCCUCGCAAUCCGUGGCUUGCUGAGCGGAUGUGCACGUGUACUGGCGCCACGUGGAUCUUCAUCAGGAAGAUGCCUGACGUGGGCAGACCUGUACCACCUCAAUUGAAGAGGGGGGAUGUUGAGGCGACUGGAAUUGCGGUCCCAACGUGGACCGUACGCCACUGGACUCGCGAUGACAGCUGUGUGUCUGUCACUCUGCGACUGUCAACACAGGGUGUAAGAAGAAGUGGUAGUUGUCAUUGUUGUAAAUAAAUGUUAUUCUUGUUUUGUUAGU